AUGAUUGGAAACUUUAGAAAACACAGAGAUGGAAACCAUCUGGAAUAUUAAUUCAGACAUGCUUACAAGGAUAACCAAGAAAAUACGAUUGUUGUGUCAUUGAGACAGACAAACGAUUCAACACAGUAUGAAAGUCCUGGGAAAAAUGAUACUGAUAUAUCUAAGCGAGAAAUGGAUUCCUAGACUUUGAACCCCUCUAAUGAAUCUAAUCCAUCUUUGGUAUUUGGGACCUCGUAAAGAUAACUGAUUACCAAAAUAACUAAAAAGAGCUUCAACCAAUUUUAGCCUGCAUUUUCACCUAAAAACUAGGAUGACCAAACUAACAGUGAGAUAAAUUUGCCUUAGAUCAAUCGAGUAAGUCGCUAGGAAAACAGCAACUCACAGGUCAAUCAAAAUAAAUCUUCAACAUUCAGUUCAGCUAUUGAAAGAAAAACCAGUUAUGGAGAUCUUACACUUCAGAAAAAAGUGCUCUAACAGCAUAAAAUUAUCAAAGAUAUGGAAUCAAAAGAUCAUAUUAGCAGAAAGGUUAGUGGAGACAAUUUGCAUUCAAAAGUUCCAAAAAGUAACAAGAAUUCUAAUGUAGAAGAAAGCAUGAUAAAAACAUAGAAUUUCAAGCAUCUCCCUAAUUUGUAUUCUCCAAUUAAUCUCUCGUCAUCACAGUAUUAUAAAAAUUCAGUAGUGAGUAAAAAUGAGAUAUCUAAUCAAAACAACAACAACAACACUAUUCAACAUCGACUUCUCGAAAUAAAAAAGAGGACUACAGAUUUAAGACUUGUUUUCGAAGGAUAUAAGAAAAUAAAAUACGAUUAGAACAAGGACCAAUAGCACGAUUAAAUGUUCUUUUUAUCAACAAACAACAGCAGUUAAAUACCAAAAGAGAAAUUCCAAACCAUAUUUAAAAAAGUUAGUUCAGUAAAGAACAUCCCUAACAUGCAAAUCCAGCAAUAAAAUGAGGAAAAUAGUUAGGAGAGAAGUGUGGACAAAUACAAUGAAAGAUUUGAGAAGAUCAAGAGGUAUUUGGGAUAGACCAUGCAAAUAUUUGUAAUUGUAAUGGAAGCAAAAAUACCAGUACAGUCAUUCUUGAAAAUCGGGCUGUUCUAACUUAAAGGUUUUAAAAACUCUAUCAUAGAAAACAAUCAGACCUACUUGAUGGAUGAUUUUCUUAAGGGAGUAAAUGAGUAUUUCAAUAAAUCUGAUAAGCUUUUCUUGUAUCGUCAUUUAUUUAGCAAUGAUGGGAAUCUCAUUGAAAGAUAUGAGUAGAUAUAGUCAGAUUAGGUAUUCAUUUAUAUAUCCUAAAUCUGCUCAUACUAGCAUGGAGUAUUUGAAGAGAAGUUUAAAACUAAAGUUUUAAUUAAAACCAUGGAGAAUCUUAUUUAAUCAGAAUAGAUUAAAACGCUUACCAAGCAUAAAAGUAAAUAAUUGUCUAUGGAUAUCAGACCUACUGUCAAAGUAACCAAAGAAGUCAUUUAAAGAUAAGCUAAAGAACUUAUAAAUGAGAAUAGAUUCAAAAAUCAUUCACAAUUAGAUACAAAUAGAAGCAUCUCUUCAGAAUCACCAAAUAAGAGGAAGGUAGUGGCAGAUGUAAGAUUGGUUAAUUCAAAAAGUUAUAAAAGUUUGAAGGAGAUUUAAAGAGAGACAUAGCUAAACAAUGAAAUGAAAGAGUGGGAUAGAAUGAUAUUGAAAUAAAAUAAACUCAAUAAGGAAGCAAUAAAUGAAAUUAUACAGAAAAAUAAUCAUCUUGAAGGAUCAAUUCAAGAUGAUGCUCAGCAAAUCUUAAGUGAUGGGCUUAAUCACUUGAUAGAUGACGGUGGACUAUCUAUAGUAGAUGCCAAACUUAUGUACAACUCUCCUCUUGCAGACUUAAGAAACGAGGCAAAAGCAUUUAACUAGCAAAUUAAGGCUUUGAAAUAUGAAUUAGACUAUAAAUUGAAUGUGGUAAGUGAGAAAUAGGUAGAGGAUUCAAUCAAAGAAAUCCAGGAAAGAACAGAAAAUGAUAUGAGAGAAAAGCUGAUGAAGGAACAGGAGGUAAAAAAUGUAGAGCACUUUAGAAAUACUAUAUCUGGGUAAAAGAAAUUCUAGAAGAAUAGGAAGUUAUAGGAUUUGAUUAUAAUACUCUAAAGGUAUCUUAAAGAAAGGAAAUAGAAUAAAACUGUCAAGCUUAAAAAAGAUAGCAAUACAAGAUCUCAAUAGCAACUACCUUCUCUCCCUUAGAACAGAAGGCACAUCAUCUCUAAAUGGGAUUCAAACAUCCGCAAGUCCAAUACCUUUAAAAGCAAUACUAGCUUCAUGAACAAUACUGAUACCCAUUUAAACUCUAUUAUCAGCAAGUAAAGCUUUGCCAAUGGAGCUAUGAGUCCCUAAAGCAUUGGCAGACAGCCUAUAAAUUUUGUUGAGAAGAACAUUAUAAAUAAUACAGGUUUGAAUCGUAACGUCUUUCACUAGUUCGGAGCAAGUUUUGAUAAGAACAUCCCAAUACUGGAGUAAAAGAGUGGAUUCAACAGAGUGGAGAUCAUUCAAAUAUUCUCCAAAUUCAAGGCUCUUUGUGAGCUAACUAUGAAAGAGCUAAAAGAUAAAAACCAAGAUUUAAGUUAGGUAAAGGGAGUCAGCUUUGAGAAGUUCCUGCUGGGAAUCCCUGAGUUAAAGUUCGAAACAGAAAAGUUCGCAAAGAGGGUCUUUGACUAGUGUAACUCUAACAAUUCUAAUGAAUAUCUGGACUGGGAGCACUUCCUGCUAGCAGUUAAGGCAAUUCAAGCUAGAAAUAUUGACUCUAAGAUUGAUUUAUUCUUCAAGAUUAUUGAUUAAGAUGGAAAUGGUACUUUGUCAUAUGAGGAGGUGUUUGAGAUCUGCUCCAAUUCUUUUGAGAAAUUCAGUCCAAAUGUCCAGGAAGACCAAUAUAUGAGAGCAUUAUCAGAAUUUUUCACCAGUGUAAUAUUCAGAGCAGUGGGAAAACAGUUUGAUGAAGAGAUUCCUCUUUAUGAAAUUAAGGAGGCAAUAGAUAAGAAUUUGCCUGAUUCGGAUCUGCUUUGCCUCUUCUGUAACGCAUCAAAGGAUCUGCCAGAAGAAGAAUAACAGUGA